AUGACGCCACUUUGCCCACUCACAGCCUUCGACCAGAACAAUCCGUCGCCAUUUGACCCAAAAGGCAUAGGAAGCAGGAACCAAGAAGGCUUUAUCGCCAAGCUGACCUCCUUAGGACCAUCCAGGCUGCUCAAAUACGCUGGAAAUGGCACGACGCUGAAGGCAGGAGCUGAAGGGGACCACGUUCGCAUAUCCUUGCCUAAUCCUCCACGUGAUCUAAUAGCGAAUAUCCUGUGGCUGACGCUCCUGACGACACAUGUGAAUAAACGUGGUCGUCUAUCCCGUUGGCUCCCGGUGAAAGGUUGUCUCAGUGGGCGGCGGGAGACAGGCCCUUGGUUUGGGGACUCUGAAGCAGGUGUUGCGGUUGCUGGGGAAGAGCUGAGGAAACGACUCAUAAGGCAACAACGACUCAUAAGGCAACAACGACUCAUAAGGCAACAACGACUCAUAAGGCAACGACUCAUAAGGCAACGACUCAUAAGGCAACGACUCAUAAUGAUAAAUAAAUUAGACGACCUUCUGACCCACAUCGGGACGGGAAAAUGGAGCUACAUGCAUAUCCUUCCCCUCUGCUACUCUUUUUGGAUUGACGUAAUGCAAGCUAUGAACGGAGCUUUCAUGGCCCCCAAGCUGAAUUUCUCUUGCCGCCCGCCCGCCCACGCCGCUGGCCGAUCCACGCCCAUCUCCGCCCUCAAUGAGUCCGUGUUACUCAACAAUGUGACGCAAGGUGUACCUAUUCUGCCGAGGACCCUGUGACGGGAGGAGAGGUCGAGGAGGGAAAAUGCACCGAGUGGGACUUCGACAACUCCACCUUCAGCUCCACCGUCACGUCGGAGUUCGAACUGGUGUGUGGGUGGGAGUACCUGCGCGCGUUGUACACAAGUAUCUACAUGUUUGGCGUCUUCUUCGGCUCGCCUUUGAACGGGUUCCUGGCUGACAAGUACGGACGGAAACCCCUCGUCC